GUGAAGGCGAUACGCAUCAAAACCGGCUCCUUGCGGCGUCUGUUUAAAGAGCGCGCGAUGUACGCCGAGGAAGUUACGAGCGGCGAGGCGAAAGUCGCCGCGAUGAAGCGCGAAAACGUCGACGACGGUGACAUCAAGCAGCAGGAGAACGUGCUCGAGGAGAGUGCCAUGAUGGUGCAAGACAACGCGACGCGCUUGCACGACGCGCUCGGGUCGUUGCAAGUCACCGUGGAGCAUUUCGAG